AGGUUGUUCCCGGGUUGUGCAAUUUGUUUUUUUGCAUAUGUGUGUGUGCAAGAGAGAGAGAAAUAAUAACUCUCUCUCCAAGUGAGUGCAUUGAAUAUAUUGUAUUCAAACAAAAAAAUAAACGUACAAGCCUCAAAAUGGAACCGUGGGUGGUGACGACGCUGUUGUUGUGCUCCUACGGGUUCUUCAAAGAACUGCGUCCUUCCGAGCCCUUCUUGACCGAGUACUUGACCGGGCCGCAAUGGGUCAACCUCACUGGCGAAGACGUGUACCAAAACGUGUACCCGGUGUGGACUUACUCGUACUUGGUGCUGUUGCUCUUUGUGUUCCUGCUGACGGAUUUGCUGCGCUACAAGCCGGUCAUCGUCAUUGAAGGCAUCGCUUAUGUGGCCACUUGGUCCCUGCUUCUCUGGGCUCGUGGCGUCUUCGCCAUGCAGGUGAUGGAAUUCACCUACGGAAUCGCGACGUCGACGGAAGUCGCCUACUACACGUACAUCUACGCAAAAGCUGUGCGAAAACGAGCGUUUAUUUCCACCGGGAUGAUUACCAACGGGCUGAAGGAGUGA